UAAUAGCACGGUCACACUGAAGCAGACUUCCCACAAGACGCAGACUUGCCGAGUCAUAAUCAAAAAUCAUUGUAAACGAAAAGUUGAAAUUCACUUAAUUUUAAACGCAAAAACAAACGAAGAGCAACAUGGUGCUCAGCAAUCGGAUGGACACCGAUUCGGCCUAUCACAAAGGCGAAGGCUUUCGUUCGUAUUAUAUACAGAAAAUCGAGGAGCUGCAAUUGAUUGUGGCGGAAAAGAGUCAAAAUCUGCGACGUCUGCAGGCGCAGCGCAAUGAGCUGAAUGCCAAAGUUCGCAUGCUGCGCGAGGAGCUGCAAUUGCUACAGGAGCAGGGCAGCUAUGUGGGCGAAGUCGUGAAGCCAAUGGACAAAAAGAAGGUGCUUGUCAAGGUGCAUCCCGAGGGCAAAUUCGUUGUCGAUCUGGACAAAAACAUCGACAUCAACGAUGUCACACCAAAUUGUCGUGUUGCCCUGCGCAACGAAAGCUACACGCUGCACAAGAUACUGCCCAACAAAGUGGAUCCUUUGGUCUCGCUGAUGAUGGUCGAAAAAGUGCCCGACUCCACGUAUGAAAUGGUCGGUGGCCUGGACAAACAAAUCAAGGAGAUCAAAGAAGUUAUUGAGUUGCCCGUCAAGCAUCCCGAACUCUUUGAUGCUCUGGGUAUUGCCCAGCCCAAGGGUGUGCUACUCUAUGGUCCACCUGGUACGGGUAAAACACUGUUGGCUCGUGCCGUCGCCCAUCACACCGAGUGCACAUUUAUACGAGUCUCUGGCUCGGAACUGGUGCAGAAAUUCAUUGGCGAGGGAUCACGUAUGGUGCGAGAACUCUUUGUGAUGGCACGCGAACAUGCGCCUUCAAUCAUUUUCAUGGACGAAAUCGAUUCGAUUGGUUCGUCACGUAUUGAGUCGGGCUCCGGUGGCGACUCCGAGGUGCAGCGCACAAUGUUGGAGCUGCUGAAUCAGCUGGAUGGCUUUGAGGCAACCAAGAACAUUAAGGUGAUCAUGGCCACCAAUCGUAUUGACAUUUUGGAUCCAGCAUUAUUGCGUCCGGGACGCAUUGAUCGUAAAAUCGAAUUCCCGCCACCAAACGAGGAGGCACGUCUCGACAUCUUGAAGAUUCAUUCGCGCAAAAUGAAUCUAACGCGUGGCAUCAAUCUGCGCAAGAUCGCCGAACUGAUGCCGGGCGCAUCGGGUGCCGAGGUCAAGGGCGUCUGCACCGAGGCGGGCAUGUAUGCGUUGCGUGAACGUCGUGUUCACGUCACGCAGGAGGACUUCGAGAUGGCUGUGGCCAAGGUGAUGCAAAAGGACUCUGAGAAGAACAUGUCCAUCAAGAAGCUGUGGAAGUAAAAACAAGGACAUCUCUCUCUUGUUCUACUACUUUAAGCCAACCCCAGCUACGAUUACGUUUUAAUUUCGCUAAAGAAAAAUAUAUAGAAUUUGUAAAGAACAAAA